CGUCAUCUGGACCAACUAUACCAAAUAUCUAGUUCGUUUGAGUUUAUUAUGUUGGCGAACUUUACCACUGUUGAUUUUAAGGUUAUGUCACUUUUAAAAGUAGCAAAAAUUGUGCACAAAACGUGAAUAACAUGUGUCAUUAUUUGUAGUAAUACCGAAACCACUUAUCAGAGCAUCAUGUUUACUAUUAUUAAACAAUCUGCUCAAUUUUUGAGGUUAGGAAAUGUCCUUCGUACGACGGUGACCAGCCGGCCUGUAUUUUUUUGUACCGAAUCCAGUAACCCCCCUGGAUUAAACAUAGCCGCUAUUACUAACGGGGACAAAGACUUAGAACACAAGCUCAAAAUUCUAGUUCUGGAAAUAGAUGUUUUGAGACAAGAAGGCAAGCUGGUGCCAGAUGAUGACUAUCUGAAGGAAAGCCACUGGAAAGAAUUACUCAUCUUACCAUCACUAUCCCAGAGGCGUAAAUUUCUCGAAUACCUUUUUAAAAUUUCAAAGAAAAAAGAGAAUAAAAAGUUGAAGAAAGAGCAGAAGAGACUGGAGAAAUUCCCAGAGGCAAAACCUGAGAAAAACGAAAAUGAAACUUUUGAGGAGUUUGUGUCACAGUAUGAUUUAGGGCACAAUAAUAUCAUGUUGAGGGUAUAUGACUCCACAAUGAACCAGUUGUAUAACAACAGACUAGUGCAAGCCAUGCAGUUCGGGCAGAAACUAGUGGUGGAUUGUGGGUACUGUGAUGAUAUGACAAAGCACGAGAAUAAGAACUGUGCAAAGCAGCUCACAUUGCUUUUUUCAGAAAAUAGGAACCACGAUGACCCUUUUGACUUACACUUUUGUAACAUAAAUAACGAAAGCGUCCUAAUGCAAAGUCUUAACAAGUUAAUUGUGACUUUGCAUGAGCCCUGGUUUCCCUUGAAUUUGCAUGAACCUAGUUAUUUGGAAAAAUUUCCAAAGGAACAGUUAGUCUACCUCACUCCACAUUGUCGCGAAGAACUAGUGGAAUACGACCACGACGCCAUCUACAUUAUUGGUGGCAUAGUAGAUAAGGUAAACACACAACCAUUAUCAUUAGCUAAGGCAAAACGCGAAGGACUCAGAAUGGCGAAACUCCCCCUAGACAGGUACUUACAGUGGGGCUCAGGGUCUGGCAAAAGCUUGACUCUAAAUCAAGUGGCUUCAAUUUUAUUGGACGUCAAACUCACGGGCGACUGGAAAUACGCUCUGAGACACGUCCCAAGACGCAAAGUCGUCGAAUUCACUCACGAAAAAAUAAACCAAAAAAAUAAGUGGAAACCCAACAGAGAGAGACCAGGCUUUGACAAUCUAAAAUACAACCGCAGACCUAGCGACAGGAUGAUAAAAGUAGGAAGCAUCAUGAAUGAUUAAGUAAAUAAAUUUACUAGUUGUUUUGUAAAUA